GGCGGGAUGGAGCGGGCGGAGGCCUACGGCUUCUCUGCCGCCAUGAGCGGCGCCUUCCUGCUGUCGUGCCUGCUCUUCGCGGCGAUCAGCCGCCGCCAGCGCGGGCCCUACAUGGACGAAGCCUUCCACGUCCCCCAGGCGCAGGCCUACUGCCACGGCCGCUUCCUCCAGUGGGACCCAAUGAUCACCACGCUGCCGGGCUUGUACCUGGUCUCGGUGGGCAUAGUGAAGCCCACAGCGUGGCUCUUCGGGUGGACGGGAAGCGUGGUGUGCUCCACGGGAAUGCUCAGGUUUAUUAACCUCCUUUUCAGUGCUGGGAACUUCUACUUACUGUAUUUACUUCUGUUCAAGAUCCAUCAGAAGAAUAAGGCUGUGUCUGGUUUCCAGAGAAUCUUGUCUACGUUAACUCUUGCAAUGUUUCCCACCCUUCACUUUUUUACAUUCCUUUAUUAUACAGACCCAGGAUCAGUAUUUUUUACUCUCUUUGCCUAUUUAAUGUGCCUUUAUGGUAACCAUAAAACUUCAGCUCUCCUUGGAUUUUGUGGCUUCAUGUUUCGUCAGACGAAUAUUGUGUGGACAGUUUUUUGUGCUGGAAAUGUUGUUGCAGAGAGGCUAAAUGAAGCCUGGAAGACAGAGUUACAGAAAAAGAAAGAUGAAAAGAUUUCUUCCAGGAAAGGAUCAUUUGCAGAUUUGAUCAGAAUAUUUCAGUUUCUUAUUGAAUAUCUCGUAUCACCUAAAAACUUAGUUACACUUACUGUUUUGACUUGGCCAUACAUCGUAUUAGUAACUGUGUUCUUUGUUUUUGUCUUCAUCAACGGUGGAAUAGUUGUUGGUGACAGAAGUAGCCAUGAAGCCUGUUUGCACUUUCCUCAAUUGUUCUACUUUUUGUCCUUUACUGUUUUUUUUUCAUUCCCUCAUUUAUUGACCCCUACUAAAAUCAGGAAAUUCCUUCUGUCAUUACGAAAGCACCCUAUGCAGUACAGCUUAAUCGCUGUCAUCUCUUUAUUCCUGAUCUGGAAAUUUACUUAUGUUCAUAAGUAUUUACUAGCAGAUAACAGACAUUAUACAUUCUAUGUCUGGAGAAAAGUCUUCCAAAGACACGAGCUUGUAAAAUAUUUAUUAGUUCCAGUCUAUAUAUUUGCUGGCUGGAGUUUCACUGAUACACUGAAAUCAAAAUCAAUAUUCUGGAUCUUAAUGUAUUUUGUAUGUUUAUUAGCAGUCACGGUUCCUCAAAAAUUGCUAGAAUUUCGUUACUUUAUUUUGCCAUUCUUAAUAUAUAGGCUCAAUAUUCCGUUUCCAUCUCUAUAUAGACAACUUCUGGAGCUGGCUUUUUAUAUUGCUGUGAAUGCUGUAACUUUUUAUCUUUUUCUAAACAGAACAUUCCAAUGGCCAAAUAGUGAUGAAAUCCAGAGGUUUAUGUGGUGACUUUUUUUUUGAUACUUUCAUACCCUUAGGAGAACCCAGUUCUGUUUCAGGACUGUGGACCCUGGAAUGAAGCAAUAUGUUUUGCAUUAUGUAAGGACUUUUUUCCUCAGUUGGAAUUGAGGAAGUAAGCUGCUUAUAUUGUUGCAACUGACUGUGAGAUAUGAUAAUGUUGUAAUGUGAAGAUACUCCAUAUACUGAAUUUAUGAGCUCCUGGAAUUAACGAAUACAACAUGGGAAAUUUAAGAACACCUUUCUGUAAUUAAUGUGAAGGCAGAUGUUUACAGUAAUUUUUCAUGAUAAUAAAAUAUUAUAUAACAUGCCCUUGAAGGUAUGGCAACUUAACAAAGUAUUUCAGUGUUUAACCUUUUUGUUAACUUUGGGUGCAUAUUUACUCCUUGGAUCUGGCCACUUCCAUGUAGGUUUGCUAGUGGUCAAGGUAUGAACCUAUUACUGAAGUAUAAUCUUUUCAAAACUUCCUACAUCCCACUGAAUUUUCAUGACUUUUUUUGUCAAUAAAUGCUUACAUUAGUUUUGCAAACAGAAUGUAGGCUCUUAAAUCAUGAGAGCAUUUUGAAAAUUUUAUUUCAAACUCAUAUUUAGAAAAUACAGUGGAGGCUAUGUGCAUGUACCUUCUUUGGGGGAAUGAAUGUUACUGUACAACAAAAGAUAAAUUGCAGUUGAUAAUGUGACCUAUUAGAAGGGGAGUAAUUUAUGUAUGUCAGACUGAAAUGUGUAUUUACGCAGUGGAAUGCAGUAUAAUGAAUACCCUUUUAAAUAAUCAGGCUUUUAUGUCCUGAGGUUCUGUGUUCACAGGUUUGACUGAAGUAGGGUAUGAGUGCACUCCCAAGUUGAACUGAGUGUUUCUAAGAUCCUUGACAUGUAAUCUUAAAGAAAAACUAAUGGCAUUACUGAAUUGUUCUUUUAAAUGUUUUUCGUAUAUAUACACGUCUAAUGGAACUAGGGAGUAUAUAUUUUGUUUUAUAAAGGUAAAAUACCAUGUGUGUAUAUUUUUAAAAGCAUCUAGUGCAUUAUCAUCAGAAUAAAAGAAGGCUGUAAUGGUUCGUCAGUAAAUUACUUUAAUUAGACUCAAAAAUAUUUGAUUGCUUGAAGUUAACUAUUAAGCAGUUUUAUAAAUAUAAGUAAAUUAUGUGGUGGUGGGGAGAAUCCAAAACUUCACAUACUGUGUCCCAUCUUUAAGUUCGUUCUGUAAUGAAAAUACUGCAGCCAAGUCUAUGCAAACAUACCAUAUUAUUGCCACUCCAGUUACUCUGAAAUGGAAUUGUUUCUCAAAAGGUCAGUACUGUGGAGUUAUUACUCACAUUGGUACUGUUAUUUUUCUUUUACUAUAUGCAGAUCAAUGUCCUGGCUCUCUUCCCUCUCCUAACAUUAUCAAGAGUGUGGUUAACUCAGAUUCUCCCAUUCAAUGUUUUUGCAACCCUGUUUCUUCUAAGGAAACUUUAAAGCUAUCUUCAAUGAGUAGGUUUAUUUGUAUUGAAUUUAAGAUGUUUGCUUCUUGUCCUGUUGCCAGUAUGGUAAUUUGUUGGUAACGUGUGUACAAUAGGGAAAGCCAUUUUUGAUUUAGUGCUUAAGGAUAUGCUGUGUUUGGGAACUGUCAGUGCUAGGUGAACGGUUGGACUAGAUGAUCUUCAAGGUACUUUCCAACCUAGAUGAUUCUGUGAUUUGAUUACUCCCUAUUUACUUAUAUAUAAGGUGAAGUGGCAAGAGAAACCCAAAAUGGGUUGCUUUUCAAGUAUCUGGUGUAGUUCUUGCAGAGUCCAGGAUGUUGUUUUCUGUUGUGAUUUUAGUAUGACACAUCUGGGGGGAAGUCUCUCAUGCCUUCUGCUUCCAGUUUUGGUUUUGUAUACCAUGCUAGUAAAAACCUAAACAAGGUAAAGAGCAUAUGUAUGGUUUUGUACAACUUCAUUUGUAUCCUCAAUUUUUUGUACUAAGUGGGUUAAAAUGGUAAUAUGGGAAGGAAUGGGGCUCUGGGUAGAAUUCUGAAUUGUCUUCUAGAUCUGGGGUUUUUUUGGCUUUGUGUAGGGGAGCAGGUGUUUAUUUGCUUGAUGAGAUGCAAAAAUUCCUGUGCUUACAUAGUCCACAGGUGUUUUGUUUUGCCCAGCAUAUUUAUUAUUUGAAUGCCUUUGAUUAUCAGCCCUGUUAGGAAAUACGCUUCCUACUAAUUCUUAAUAGAGAUAGCAGCCAUCUUUCAAGUGAAAAGAACUGAGUUUAAAUUCAUUCCGUUUUAAUGCAUUUCUUCUGAUGAGCUCCACAUCACAAGACACUAGAAAAAGAGAGAUGUUUGUGAAACUGUUGAGGUUCUUUUAACCAGUAUUAUAAGAUGGCAUAAUAUUUCAUCACAGGAUUUAUCAGUGUACUGAACACAUUUUAAUUUGAGUACCAUUAUUUUCAAUGUAUUUCGCAAAUUUAAAAGCAGGCUGAGUUGAUAUGUUUAAAUUAAAGAGGGAAGUGUUUGAAUUACUAAACCUUGAAAGGAGAAUUUUAGAGUAAAGCUAUGAACCACAGGGAGUUUGCAGGUAAUAUUCAAUAUUAGCUGGAUUCAGUAUCAGAAUUCAAGAUGGUUGUAGUUAUAUCAUAAUUAGUCAUUAAGAAAGGUCUCAAAUUCCAUCAACAUCUCUUAGAAAUGUACAAAUAUCAGUAGCAGUAGCACUGUUUAGAUAUAAGAAUUAGUUAUGCAUACUUUAUAAUCCUGAAAUAUUUCCUUUGUAGUUGUUUGUAAUUUAUUAGCUAUUCAUUUUAAAGACAGGCAGAAAGGACUAUGUUUAUCCUGGUUUAUGUUGCUACAGUCUUCUAGUUUCAGUAGAACCAUAAUUGCUUACUUUAGGUUAAUUCCUUAGCAGGUGUCAUUUGUUAAUGAAAUUACUUACAGCAGCAUUCAAAUUAUAAUUUUUUGUAAAUUUUAUUAAUCAGCUAUCCAUUUAGAAAAAAAAUCACACUCAUUUGCUGAAAUGUCCAAGAUGAAACCAAAAAGAGCUAGCUAACAUUUUUAUAAUGGCUGUUUUAAAAUAAAAUCUCAGGUGUUUUUUCUCAGACAAAAAGAUGAUGAUGAUUUUUCAAUAACUGUCAGAAUAAUAAAAAUAGCGAGCUGAACAACCACAGCAUGGCUAAAUUGUUUUGAAGUGGAAAAAAAAAGACAAAUAAUUGAACACAUUUUUUUUCUUUUAGUUAAAAAUAGGUGGUUAUUUGGAAAGAUAGAAAGUUUGUUUGAUAAUCCUAUAUGCUGUGAACUAUAUUCUGUUGUGAGCAUUCUGUAUUGCAUUUGUUUUAAGUUCUUCGACAGCAUGUGUUCAUUCAAAAUUAGCAUGAAUUUUACACCAUAAGCAGUAUGUGCAUGCUGAAAUGGUUAUUUAUCUAUUAUUUUUCUUGUGAGUAGAUAAAUCAGAGGGAUUUCUUCUGUUAAAAAUAUUGUAAGAAAAAGUAUUCUAUAGUCUCUGGGGUCAAACAGUUGAUUUCUUUUUCCUGUUAACACAGGUCUGAUUUAUUCUUUUUCACAAGGUGUCAGUCUUGUGCCAUCUUGUUAAGAUGACCAGCUGCGUAAUACAAUGCUUCUUGAAGUCAUAACAUCAGGGAUUUUAGCAAGGCUAUUUCUGAGAAUUAGAAAACUUCAAGUUCGGUCAUGACUGAUUGCUUGUUUUAGUAGCUGGUUUAGCUAGAAUGUCCUUAUAUGUAAUUUUAAAUAUAUAUUGGUUGUGAAGUUUUAGAAGAAGAGCAAGUUUUGCUCAUCUUUAAACUGCCUUCUUUUGCUUUUUUUUGGUAUUUGUGGGGUUUUCACAACUUUUCUGAGAGAACAAAAUUAAACUUGAAAGCUUACUGUUGAAAUGAUGUCAUUGUUUUAAGCAGUGUAGUUGCUUAGAAAGCAAAUUUCCUGCUGUUACUAAAUUUCGCAGCAUUCUUGUUUUCACAUAUUCAUUGUAUUCAUUGCUGUCUAAAAAGAAAAAAAAAUGGAGGAAAAAAUGAGGAAAGCAAAGUAAUUAUACUUUUGAGAUUGACACAUGGUGAUUUUCUAAAAUAUUUACUCUUUAAUUGAAUGAUGCACAUAUGAAAUAGCUCAAAUGCCUGUUAGCCCUAUAGUAGUUGACAUACUGCAUUUUAAAUGCAUCAUCUCAUUUUUGUGUAAUGAAAAAGUGUAAAGCCAGAGUCUGUGAAAAUGACUUCUUGUAGUUAUCUCAAAUUCUCUGUCUAUAUUCACUGUCCUAAUUUUUUUUCCCUGAAAAGCUUUGCUUCCCUUGCUUAUCUCUUGUUAAAUAGGAUAUGCUUUUUAUUUUCGAUUCAGUGACAUUUGUAUGUUAGCAGAGGCAUCUUUUAUAGAAAAACAUCCUUCUUAAAAGUAUGCUUUAAAUGAAUGCAGAUAAUUGAUUUUACUAACAAACAAUCAUUUUGCAAACAAAAAUAAUCUCUACAUGAGGCAGAACUGCUAACCUAGCUAGCAACGUGUAGCUACAAUGCCCUUAAUUUGUGAGGUUUUGUGCUUAAUCUUGGAAUAUGCUCAGGGCCUCAUGCUGCUCCUUCUGCUUCAGGGAUAGCUGGGAUAUGAGGAGGAGGAAGCAAGAGGAAAAAAAUUUGGAGAGAUAAUUGCCAUUGCAGUGCUACCAUAGCUAGGAGUGUGCAACACCACCAGGAGCAGAAGUGAGCGGGGUGCUUUUGGGGGUUCUGGGGCACUGCUGUAUUUGGCAGUGCACUGCAGUAUGUGGUGAUACAGGAGAGUUGUUUGCCAUGCUUGAGUGGAAAUGUCUUCUCCAGCUGGAAGGAGCUUGUUGCUACAGCUGGCCUGAUCACUAUAGGAAUGAUCUUGCUGAAACUUGGGAGCUAAUUGGUUUAUUUAAAGAUGUUUUGGUACUUAGCUGUGGAUCUGUAAAUAAAAACUGUUCUGUGUUCAAGAAAUGUUGUGAGCUUACUUGAAUCGCAACUCUCUGUUAGUAAUAGGGAAGGGGUUGUUUUCAUUUUUGGAUUGUAAGUUGCCCAGAUACUCUAGUGUUUUUAUACGACAAAAAUUGUUGUAUCUUAAAAAAUAAACACUUUUAAACCA